CCCCCCUUCCCUGCUGUAUGACAGGACGCUCCUACACUGCUCUCUACACCAUGAACGUCUGAUCCUAACGGAAGCACAGCAAAAAGACAGCUCAGGAUAUGAUUUGCAGUGGGGUCUCCUGCAUGCAGAUGUGGGAUUUGCUGAUUACAUCCCAGAAUUGGAGGCUGUAGUAGGUACAGGUUCUGCUUCAGGUCAUCAUCAAGUAGGAGGUGGAAAGAAUAAAAAAACUCCAAUGGAAUAGACAAGACAGCGGUCACAGGAUCUCUCGCUGUACAGAGCACAUUGCCAUGGCAACCUGAAAAUACAAUUAAAAAGGCCAGGAAGACAGUAGCAGAGCAGAUGAGUAGGUUGCUCCUUACCUUUGGACAGAAGGAAGUAAAAUAAUUAUGCAGAGGAGAAAAGGAUAUAUGCCAGAUGCGGUUAUACAGUGGAGAAGGGAAGUGUCCUUUCAUUGAGAAGGAAUGUCCCACAGCUACCUCCAGGAAAGGGGAGUGCCAUGAAAGUUACUGAGGAGUUAAUCGGUUUGCAGUUCAGCUACUUCAUAUAUUCACAAUUCUAAAGAGUCUGAGCUCCUAGGACAUCUCAUAUUGGCCCAUUAGAUAGUUCUUAUACUUUCAUACCUAACACUAAGACUGAAGGACACCGCUCUUUUCUAUAAGAGAAAGGGAUCAGGGAAUAAUAAGGUGGAGAGUGAGAACAAUUUCAUUUGUCUGGUUACUGACUGCUAUACCAUGGGAUGUCGUCAAAGUGCGGAGGAGAAAGAGGCAGCACGGCGCUCUCGAAGGAUUGACCGCCACCUGCGCUCUGAGAGUCAGCGCCAACGAAGGGAGAUUAAACUCCUGCUCUUAGGUACCAGCAAUUCUGGCAAGAGCACCAUAGUCAAGCAGAUGAAAAUCAUCCACAGUGGGGGUUUCAACUUGGAGGCUUGCAAAGAAUACAAGCCUCUAAUUAUCUACAAUGCCAUAGACUCUUUGACCCGCAUCAUCAGGGCGCUAGCCACACUCAAGAUUGAGUUCCAUAACCCUGACCGGGCAUAUGAUGCAGUGCAACUAUUUGCCUUGACUGGCCCUGCGGAAAGUAAAGGUGAGAUCACAUCUGAACUUCUAGGAGUAAUGAAACGGCUGUGGGCAGACUCUGGUGUGCAGGAAUGCUUCUCUCGCUCCAAUGAGUACCACCUGGAAGAUAACGCUGCCUAUUACCUUAAUGACCUGGAGAGAAUUGCAGCAGUGGAGUACAUACCCACAGUGGAGGACAUCCUGCGCUCCCGAGACAUGACGACAGGUAUUGUCGAGAAUAAGUUCACCUUCAAGGAGCUCACUUUCAAGAUGGUUGAUGUUGGGGGCCAACGAUCUGAGCGCAAAAAAUGGAUCCACUGCUUUGAGGGUGUGACUGCCAUUAUAUUCUGUGUGGAACUCAGUGGAUAUGACUUGAAGUUGUAUGAGGACAACCAGACGAGUCGCAUGGCAGAAAGUCUUCGCCUUUUUGACUCCAUUUGCAACAACAACUGGUUCAUCAACACCUCGCUUAUCCUUUUCCUCAACAAGAAAGACCUACUGGCUGAGAAGAUUCGGCGCAUCCCCCUAACGGUCUGUUUCCCCGACUACAAGGGGCAGAAUACGUAUGAAGAAGCAGCGGUCUACAUCCAGCGCCAGUUUGAGGACUUGAACCGCAAUAAGGAAACUAAGGAAAUAUACUCACAUUUCACCUGCGCCACAGACACCAGCAACAUUCAGUUUGUGUUUGAUGCAGUGACAGACGUCAUUAUCCAAAACAAUCUCAAAUACAUUGGUCUGUGCUAAGUGUUCCCCAGAGCCUGCAUGGGGGGCUAAAUAAGUCCAUUACCCUGACGCCAUGUCAGGGGCAUAAAGCAAACACAGGCAGAUGGAGGAGCUACAGUCAGGAGUCCCCCAGUUACAGUGCAGAGUUCAGAAAACCCCUUCCCUCCAAACCUGCACAAACUUUUUUUGUUUCAAGAGGGAAAGGAGAAUCACGGUUGUUUUUAUUUUUACUGGAGGUUGCAAAGGUGUCUGAAAUUCCAGUUACAUACUGGAGAAAUACUGUAUGUUCUCUGCUCCCUGUGUCCUGUAUGUUUGUGUGUGUGUGUGUGUGUUUUGUGUAUGGAUCUUUCUGUGCCUGAAUGGUGUCUGAAGGGUUAAACUAAAGCAGAGCAGCCUCUAACUUGUUGGGAGUAUCUUAUUAUUUUGUUUGCUGCCCAGAGAGAUCAGGAUUGUUCUUGGAAAGGAGCUGGCUCUGUGUUCAUUGGUUUCUGUCACAGGGGAUGGCUAGUGCUUCUUUGCCAGCAUCGAACAAACAAGAAGAAAAAGAAAUUGAUUGUUCUAGCUAUAUCCGUCAUCUAUUAGAUGUGCCAUAAGUGCAGAUUACAGGGUUUGAGAACUUGCUACUUUACUGCUGUGUAACUUUAAAUUUGAGCAGUCUGUAAUUGUAAAAUAGGAUUGCUCUCAGCACCUUUUUUUCAUGAUCUCAUCUCUCAAGUUGGUUGCUAUACCAUUGCUGCUGAAUACUACACACACACAUACAUAUACAUACACACACACACACACACAUAUACAUACAUAUACAUACACACACACACACACAUAUACAUACAUAUACAUACACACACACACACAUAUACAUACAUAUACAUACACACACACACACACAUACAUACAUACAUAUACAUACACAUAUACAUACAUAUACAUACACACACACACACACAUAUACAUACAUAUACAUACACACACAUAUACAUACACACACACAUAUACAUACAUAUACAUACAUAUAUAUACAUACACACACAUACAUAUACAUACACACACACACAUAUAUAUACACACACACAUACAUACAUAUACAUACACACACACACACACACAUACAUAUACAUACACACACACAUACAUACAUAUACAUACACACACACACACACACAUACAUACAUAUACAUACACACACAUAUACAUACAUAUACAUACACACACACACACACACAUACAUACACACACACACACAUACAUACACACACUUAUACACAUACAUGCAUACACACACUUAUACACAUACAUGCAUAUACACACUUAUACACAUACAUGCAUAUACACACUUAUACACAUACAUGCAUACACACACUUAUACACAUAUAUGCAUAUACACACUUAUACACAUACAUGCAUACACACACUUAUACACAUACAUGCAUACACACACUUAUACACAUACAUGCAUACACACACUUAUACACAUACAUGCAUACACACACUUAUACACAUACAUGCAUACACACACUUAUACACAUACAUGCCUAUACACACACUUAUACACAUACAUGCCUAUACACACUUAUACACAUACACGCCUAUACACACUUAUACACAUACAUGCAUAUGCACACUUAUACACAUACACGCCUAUACACACUUAUACACAUACACGCAUAUACACAUACACGCAUAUACACACUUAUACACAUAAACGCAUAUACACACUUAUACACAUACACGCAUAUACACACUUAUACACAUAAACGCAUAUACACAAUUAUAAACAUACAUGCAUAUACACACUUAUACACAUACACGCAUAUACACACUUAUAAACAUACAUGCAUAUACACACUUAUACACAUACACGCAUAUACACACUUAUACACAUACACGCAUAUACACAUACACGCAUAUACACAUACACGCAUAUACACAUUUAUACACAUAUACGCAUAUACACACUUAUACACAUAAACGCAUACACACACUUAUACACAUAUACGCAUAUACACACUUAUACACAUAUACACACUUAUACACAUACACGCAUAUACACACUUAUACACAUAAACGCAUACACACUUAUACACAUACACGCAUAUACACACUUAUACACAUAAACGCAUACACACUUAUACAAAUACACACAUAUACACACUUAUACACAUAUACGCAUAUACACACACUUAUACACAUACACGCAUAUACACACUUAUACACAUACACGCAUAUACACACUUAUACACAUAUACGCAUAUACACACUUAUACACAUAAACGCAUACACACUUAUACACAUACACACAUAUACACACUUAUACACAUAUACGCAUAUACACACACUUAUACACAUAAACGCAUACACACUUAUACACAUACACACAUAUACACACUUAUACACAUAUACGCAUAUACACACACUUAUACACAUAAACGCAUACACACUUAUACACAUACACACAUAUACACACUUAUACACAUACACACAUAUAUACACUUAUACACAUACACGCAUAUACACACUUAUACACAUAAACGCAUACACACUUAUACACAUACACACAUAUACACACUUAUACACAUAUACGCAUAUACACACACUUAUACACAUAAACGCAUACACACUUAUACACAUACACACAUAUACACACUUAUACACAUACACACAUAUAUACACACACUUAUACAUACACACUCCAAUAAACGCACACAGAUCUUAUCAGACAUCAGCGUUUGCCUCUUCAUGUGUCUGCAAAACGGUGUUAGAGCCGACUACACACUGAAUUAAAUAACAGUACUAGAACAUUGAACAUUGUUAGCUCUUCUUUGCAGCUGUGAUCUGUUACAAGUGACAAAUGUAUCCCACUUAAGUAUUUUUUAUACUCCAGCAUUCUCUGUACUUUAUAGAUGAAUCCACCAACCCACCUUGCACCAUCUCUUGCCAUUAUCAUGGAGGGUUUGAGAUUCCUAAAGUCAUAUUCCUCGUCACCACAAAUUAUGCAGUAGAAAUGAAUGGAAGUUGUGCUGCGCAAGCUCCAAAUGAAGAUUUUCUACAGUUCUAAAUAAGCCUGGAGUUGUUUUUCUCUGCCAAGUCCUGUGUUUUUUUUUCAUAUAAAAAACAGGACAUUUUUAGGACAUUUUAAUGAAGUGCUCAAGUGUUAUGUUUGUAAAGAAAACAACAACAAAACACUGGAAAAAAAAUAUGACACUGGCUAUUUAUUUUGCAAAAAAAAACCUUUCAAAAUGUAAGUAUUUAAAGUGAGAAAUGAAGGACUUUCUGAAGAAUAAUAAACUAUGUGGUGAGACAUGCCUCAUCUUGUUGUUAUUUUUUUAUUUAAUCUGGAGUAGUAUUGCCCUAAAAGAGAUCGUCAGUGGAGCAACACGAACAGUAACUUCACCAUUUUCAAUUUGACAAAUGUAUUUUUGGGGCAAAGGGCAUUGAAAGUGUAAUGCUGUCUACCAAUAAGAAGCAGGCAAUCUCUACUUUUAUUUUCUGGGAGGAAUAGAUACUAUUCUGGAUGUCUGUGUGCGGUUUGAGUGUAAAUAAGUUGAGACAGUGUAAAGCACAUCCACUUGGUAUGUAAAUUCUACCCCUUCCAGCUUCAUGUGUAUCCCCAACCACGCAGUGCCCUGCUGAAAACACACUAUCCCUAAAUGAAUAUAUGAAUCCUCUGCCAAGGGCUUUAUUCCACAGGACCGAGGAGCCUGCAUCACACCGUGUGCUGGUUACACGAUUGCGCUCACAGUGACUUGCAGGCUUCUUUUACCCUGGAGGAUGAUGACACUACAAAUCGUUACUGGCGAAAGAGAAAUAAAGAUUCUGAAUGGA